GUACCGUUUUCCGGUGUCUCCCGGAUCGCUACCGCGUUAGCAUGUAGCAGUUAUGUGACGGAAGACACACAUCGACAUAUACAUAUAAGACACAACAACAGCGGAGUGUUUGGCCUGUGACAGAAUGGCUUAACAUGGAUAGUGCAACGGCGGAUUCAUGUUCGGCUGAGGACGGUGAAUGUUCGGACUCGGAGGUCUUGUGUCUGAUGAGAGUCGGAAAAAAAUCAGACUGGCUUCGUUUGUUCGAAAAGGCAGAGAUCACUGUUGGACGUGGUUUGGAUGUCACCUACCAGCUGCUGUCUUCAAGUAGUCCUCUCAUGAUCUCCAGACUGCACUGUGCCUUCAGACAGAUAGAAGACGGUCACUGGACAGUGGUAGACAAAAAGAGUCUCAAUGGUGUCUGGGUGAACGGAAAUCGGAUUUCUGCCGAUGAACCUUACCUGCUCAAACUUGGAGACUCGAUCCGACUUGGAGUUCCUUUAUCAGGAACCAAAGUAGAAUUUGAUUACAUCCUCAUCCGGCAGCUGCUCAGAAACAUUCAGCCGUACCUGGCAAAGGCAUGUAGAACUUGGGCUAAAGAGCCCCAAGUCUCCAAAAAAUCCAAAAGGAAGUUGACUGUGGAGGAAGUCGAGCCUUCUACAUCAAAGCCUAAGCUGUACCGCUGCGAUUCAGAAGGGAAAUCUUUUGCAAAACCCUGUCCUCUGUCUGCGGUGAAAUGCCAGCAGCGGCUCAGUAACACACACCUGGAGGAGACGGCAUCCAGCACACAAAAACAAGAGCAGCACUCUGAUGGAUCCAGUGAUCCUUGUGAAGUGGACAACCUGCAGAGGUACAGCCAGAAUCUCCUGCUGUUACGGGAGCAGGUGGAUGACACCCAGAAGCAGGUAUCAUCUCUUGGAGGAGAACCCAGGCGGGCAGAUCCUCUCCGACGGGAGCAGGUCCGUGAGCUGCAGGGUCAACUGGAAACCCUUAGAGCCAAAAUGUGUCAAAUGAAGACUUUAGAGAGAACCUUCAGUAAAACAAGGAGACAGUUGGAGGAGCAGAAAACACAGCAGCAAGAGGAGCUAAUGAAAAAACAACUUGAAGAGGCUCUUCAGGAACAAAAGAAAGUGAUCGACGAGCUUGCCGACUCUCGAAAAACAUUUGAAGAAAUCCUCUCUGCGAAAAACAAAGAACUAGAAGAAACAAAGGAGGAAAAAGAAAAGGCGAAAGCCCAAAAGGAGGAGGUAGUAACACAAGUCACAGAGGUUCUGGAGAACGAGCUCCAGUGCAUCAUCUGCUCAGAGCUCUUCAUCGAGGCGGUCAUCCUGAACUGUGCUCACAGCUUCUGCUGUUACUGCAUCAAGUUGUGGCGCAAGAAGAAAAACGAGUGUCCCAUCUGUAGACAGGCCAUCGAGUCCCAGACCCGGUGUCUGGCCCUGGACAACUGCAUCAACCGUAUGGUGGAGAACCUGAGCCUGGACAUGAAGGCCCGGCGGCAGACGCUCAUCACUGAAAGGAAAGGUGAGUCGACUGGUGAGCGCAACGCCAUCCGAUCAGCAGCUGCCAUCGCCGAGGUGAUGGUGAUCCACGACGACGACAGCAGCAGCAGCAGCAGCGACGGCAGCAUGGUGUCCAUAUACAGCAGCUUCAGCUCCGUGGAUACCGACAGCAGUCUCCAUUCAGAAUCUGAUGACAGCUCUUUGGAGUUUAGCGAUUAACAGUUUUUUUUUUUUUCAUUCUUUCUCCUUGUUGGUGGAAAUGUGAAAGAACUUUUGAGCUUUCCUGGAAUGUUUAGAAUAAAGAGCUGAUGUUUUUUUUUUUGUAAAAUAGUUAAUGAGUUUUUUUUUCAGCAAAAGGAAUAAAGUUUCUUUCUUGCAUGUUUUUCUUCUAA